AUGGUAGAGGCUAUUUCAGAUCCAGUGGCGGCAAAGAAGCCGAGUAAGGACUAUCCGUGGUGGGUAGAGAACAUCGAUCACAAAAUAACGCCCGAGGUGCGGCAACACCUAGAAACAUACAGUGGCAUUCAAUCCGAAGAUGUUUACAAACAUAUUUAUGCUAUACGCGAAAAGGCAUGGUCCAUUCGUCCAUAUCCAUGUACUGGAAUAGGCAUGUUUCUAUCGCCUGCCGUCUCCUGUCAUCCCGCUUAUAAAGCACUGCUCCCGCGCCUCAAAGCCAGCGGCAAGUUUUUGGACAUCGGAUGCUACAUAGGCCAAGACCUCCGCAGAUUAGCCCUGGAUGGCGUUCCCGAGCAAAACUUGAUCGGCACCGAUAUAGUCGACCAUUGGAAACUUGGAUUCGAGUUCUUCAAUGACAAAGAUCGCUUCCAUGCGCAAUACAUUGAGUCCGACCUCUUGCAUCCUAAUGGAGCAAUGGAGCGACUAUUUGGCCAAAUAGAUGUUGUCUCCAUCAUACAUGUCCUACAUCAGUGGGACUGGAACACGCAAAUUCUAGCAUGCAAGGAAGUGGUCAAGUUUACUAAGACGGGUAGUGUGAUCAUCGGAUACCAAGGUGGAACGAACGAUAUCACGAAGCGAACAAAAUGGAACGUAGAGAACGGGCAAAAAGAAUUUACGCUGCAUGACCCGAAGACGUUCAUGGACAUGUGGAAGAUUGUGGGCGAGGAGAUGGAAAUGGAAUGGAAUACGGAAGCGAAGAUUGUGCCUUGGGAUGAGCUGGCUACCCGCACGGAGGAUGUGGCAUAUCUUGGGGAGGACUUUGCGUUGUUGAGAUUUUUGGUAAAGAGGGUUCGAUGA